CACGUGAUGCUGAGCCCUGCAUAACCAGAGGGGUGUCGAUAUCGCCUGCAGGUCCUCAAGUGGGUCCAACAUCCAUCCAGACAGACCACGCAACAGCUGUCAUAAGCGCAGCGCAGCUUCAGGGUCGAGACACCUUGACGACUUGCUCGAUACCUCGACCACAACCCAUGUCGCUUUAACCCACACCCAAUCACUCGCCGCGCGCGUAUUAGAAAGACGAACACAAGAUGUCAAGAUCAGGCUACGACGCCGUCGUCGACGUCGACGAUGAAGGCGACCUCGGCCACACCGACCUGCAAGAAGACCUCGAAUUCCACAACUCCAACUUCUCCGAGUCCAGCCCAGCCCUCGGCACCGGCUCGGCGCGCGGCGGUGGCGGCGGCGGGCACAAGUCGCCGUCGCUGCCGCUGCCCGCGACGGCCAACACGUCGUCGUCGUCCUCCUCCCAGCCCGGCGGCAAGCGCUUCCUGUGGACCAUGUCCUUCUACGCGCAGUUCUUCGACGUCGACACCUCGUCCGUGCUGCACCGCUGCUGGGCGGCGCUGUACCCGCGCGCCAACUUCCUGGACGUGUUGGACGGGAACCCGGACCUGUACGGGCCGUUCUGGAUCGCGACGACCGUGGUGUUGAUUCUGUUCCUGGGCGGGACGAUCAGCGAUUACUCGGCGAGGGAGGGCAGGGGCGAGUUUGCGUAUGACUUUGGGUUGUUGAGUGGUGCUGCCGGGUUGAUAUACGGCUACACGUUCGUCAUCCCCGUCAUCCUGUACCUCGCGCUGCGGUACUUUGGGUCCGAGAGCGCCAACCUGCUCGAGUGCUGGGCGCUAUACGGGUACUCGAACCUGACCUGGAUUCCCGUGGCGCUGAUCAGCUGGUCACCAAUUGCGAUCCUGAACUGGGUGUUUGUCGGCGUCGGGUUCGGCGUGUCGGUGGCAUUCCUGCUCCGGAACUUGUACCCCGUGCUGAGCGCGACCGACCGCCAGACCAGCAAGGUGCUGCUGAUUCUGGUCGUAGCGCUGCACUUCGGGCUGGCAAUUGCUAUCAAGGUGCUGUUCUUUGCGCAUGGUAGCCCGGCGCUGAAAGACGGUGGUGACGGUGGUGAGAAGACGGAUCCGGCGCCGGAGAGGAUGUUUUAGAUUGAGGUGGUUGGAGGGGGGGACGAGGGGGUGGGUUUAU